GGUGGAUACAAUCGAUCUCACACACAAUGCAGAAUGUAACAGGAGGCAAAUUAACCUGCAAUCAGUAACAAGUUCUCAUGGAUAAGCUCCCAACAAGAUGUUACGAGCCUCAGAGUUACUCAGAAAAUUACCAAGAAAGCAGUAAAGAUGAAAUGGAAAAUUUUGGGUUGGCUUAUUGUUUUUGGUCUCCCCAGUGUCCAUCCCAAAUCUCUUUCAUAUCCCGUCCUGAGAUGUCCUCCUGAGGCCGAAGUAACUGCAUGUGCAGGCUGCUGGUCAAAAUGUCCUAUUGCAGGAAAGAAAUGUAAUGCUGGAUCUGGCUGUAAGAAAGGGUGCAUGUGUAAAGAACCUGGGUAUGUACUCCAUAAUAGCGUCUGCAUGCCACGAUCCGAGUGCCCGUACAUCCCACAGGAGGGUAGAAAGUGUCCAGUCAACAUGCAGUGGAAACCCUGCUCGUAUUGUAACGAUUACUGCCCGGUUCAUGGACAAAAAUGUAUCAAGAUGUGUAGGACGGGAUGCGUGUGUAGGGAAAACUAUCUGAUGCAUUUUGGGACAUGUUUCUAUAAACUAAGUUGUCCACAGACCUUCCUUUUCAUUCCAUCUUGUCCUAAAGGCACCAAGUGGCAUGAAUGUGCCCCAUGCAAAUCAUAUUGCUUCCCUGAAAAGAAAUGCUCAAAGGAAUGUGUUCAAGGCUGCAUAUGCAAGAACCCAGAUUUGGUACUCCAUGAUGGACGUUGCAUCAAAAAAAAAGAUUGUCCUUUACUUAAUUCUUAAUCCUAGACCUAAAAUAUCCUUCAAUGAAGAUAUCUCCAAGUACCACAGCAGACAAUAUCCUUCACUC